AUGGAGGAAUUCGAACUGGAUACAGCUGUGCAUCUGAGUGCUAGUUUAAGCCCCAUAGAGUUGAAACAAGCGACAUUGAAGAUGAAUGGCAAUUCUGACGAGGAUGAAAGACAACGCGGAGGUGAGGAAAUACAACAAAAGGAAAAAACACUUGAAGAGUCUCUUAAUGACAUCAAUGAGGGUCCACCAUAUUCCAUAUACUCGAGUUUUGAGAAAUAUCUGAUCAUACUCGCUUCCUCUUGUGUCGCGUUCUUCAGCACGAUAUCUUCUCCCAUUUACCUUCCCAUUCUUCCUCUUCUUGAAAAACAGUUCAAUAGCUCGGAAGAAGGAAUGAACAUAAGCGUUGUUGUGUAUUCAGUAUUUCAAGGCAUAGCGCCUACUCUGUUCUCGAAUCUCUCUGACCAAUAUGGAAGACGACCAGUGAUAUUGGCCUGUCUGGUUAUAUACAUUCUAUCCAAUGUCGGACUGGCGCUGAACAACUCAUAUGCUGGGCUGUUGUUGUUGAGAUGUUUGCAGGCUCUAGGGAUUGCCUCAACUGUCUCCAUUGUGUCCGGAGUUGUCAGCGAUCUGACCACCAAGAGAGAAAGAGGGUUGUACAUGGGUACAUACACUAGUUUCUCCAAUCUGGGUCAGACUUUUGGAGCACUGAUCGGCGGGGCUAUUGAGGUCUCCUUCAACUGGCGUGCGAUAUUCUGGGUCCUUGCGAUUGCCUCAGGUACAGUGGGGAUACUGUUUUUUUUGGGUGUUCCUGAGACCAACAGGUCGAUGGUGGGCAAUGGGUCUUCCCUUCCACAAAGAUUCAGGAUCAUUAGCAGACCUCCCAUUUUGACCUUACCAACCUUCAGGCGAAGGAGAAUUAGACCGGGUGAACAGAAUCCUACUUUGGAGAAGAAAAAAAAGUUCGACCUCCUAUCGCCCAUUAAGACCCUGGCGAACGCAGAGGUAGCGUUGAUUCUAACACCCAGCUCUGUGUCGUAUUCGCUGUGGUUAAUGAUGCUAACCACAUUAUCUGUAUCCAUUCAAAAAACAUACGGGUGGACAUCUGCCCUCAAAGUUGGCCUCACUUACAUCCCUGCAGGCGUCGGUGGAAUGGCAAGCUCCAUACUUUUUGGAAAAUUGUUGGACUACAACUACAAAAGGGUUUACAAGAAGUUUUUGAAAGAAAACGAAGCUCUGGAUCAGCCAAGAGAUCAGGCAGAAUUUGAUGUGUUACAGACGCGAAUUCCUGUUUUUUUCGGUCCCGUUAUUCUAACUAUUGUGGGUACUUUACUGUUCGGAUGGUCCAUAGACAAUGAAAUUAACGUGGCGUGCGUUAUUGUCGGUUCUUGCCUCCUAUCAGCAGGUGCAAUGCCAUUUGUGACUGUGUCAACAACAAUUCUUGUGGAUAUGUACCCAAACAAGUCUUCGGCUGCCGUUGCCUGUUUAAAUCUUACGAGGUGCCUGACUGCCGCGGUUGGCCUGGCAGUGCUUAGUCUGAUGAACCACAGCAUGACCAUUGGGGGGACCUAUACUUUUCUGGCAGGUCUGACACUCAUUUCAAGCUCUUCAUUGCUGUUUUUAUAUGUUAAGAGAGACUUCUUUCACGAGCGGCGUAUGCGCAGGAUUGAGGAGCACCGAAGCGGGUAG